AGAAAAUGAUGAAGGGGGAGAGGAGAUGAGAGGCUGAAUGGAAGCGACUACCAUCGAAGAGGUGGAUGAGCAGGCAUUGGCGAAAUGGGAAAUGGUACCUUCUUGUGGUAACUGGGCAAGCAACAUCCGAGAGGUGCCAAUGGAUUUGCCGGCCGGUUUUAGAUUCAAAGCUACCCUCCAUCCCGAAGUGGCGGACAACAAACUAAUGAUGAAGAGCCUAAAAAGGUUGGAUGAAGUGGUGAGGAACCACUAGAUCCCCAACACUGUCUUGGUGUGUGUGGCCUCAAAAUGGGAGAAAGCUUGCUCAAGGGCACCCCACGGAUGGAUUCUAGUAUAUCUGGAUAGUUUUGAAGCCAACCUGAGAUUCCCUUUGCCAGGGAUGAUUUUUGAUGUUUUGACAGAUUAUGACCUCGUAUUAACGCAGCUGACCCCUCAAUUCCAUCAAAUUUAUAAUUGGAUUUAUUGAUGAGCUGAAUUUAUAUAUAUUAAUAUAAAGUUUUUCCCUUG